CUCUACGGAAGCUGGGAGAGCCGGGAGUCCGCGGAGGCUGGCAGAUGCGAGCAAGAUGGCGUCGACAGCUGCGAACGGUGCUAGCGGGAGCAGCGGGAUGGAGGUGGACGCCGCAGUGCUCCCCAGCGUGAUGGCCUCCGGCGUGACCGGCAGCGUGUCGGUGGCCCUGCAUCCCCUCGUCAUCCUCAAUAUAUCCGACCACUGGAUCCGCAUGCGCUCACAGGAGGGACGACCAGUGCAGGUGAUUGGGGCACUAAUUGGGAAACAGGAGGGACGAAAUAUUGAGGUGAUGAAUUCAUUUGAGCUGCUAUCCCACACAGUGGAGGAGAAGAUCAUCAUUGACAAAGAGUAUUACUACACCAAAGAAGAGCAGUUUAAGCAGGUAUUCAAGGAAUUGGAGUUUCUAGGUUGGUAUACCACAGGGGGUCCACCAGAUCCCUCUGACAUCCACGUCCACAAGCAGGUAUGUGAGAUCAUUGAGAGCCCUCUGUUCCUGAAGCUAAACCCCAUGACCAAGCACACUGAUCUGCCAGUCAGUGUUUUUGAGUCUGUCAUCGACAUCAUCAAUGGAGAGGCAACAAUGCUAUUUGCUGAACUGACCUAUACACUGGCCACAGAAGAGGCUGAGCGUAUUGGUGUGGAUCAUGUGGCUCGAAUGACAGCUACAGGUAGUGGAGAAAAUUCUACUGUGGCAGAGCAUCUAAUAGCCCAGCAUAGUGCCAUCAAGAUGCUACACAGUCGGGUCAAGCUUAUCUUAGAAUAUGUCAAGGCUUCUGAAGCAGGAGAGGUUCCUUUUAAUCAUGAAAUCCUGCGUGAAGCCUAUGCACUGUGUCAUUGCCUCCCUGUACUCAGCACAGAUAAGUUCAAGACAGACUUUUAUGAUCAAUGUAAUGAUGUUGGGCUCAUGGCCUACCUUGGCACCAUCACCAAAACAUGCAACACAAUGAACCAGUUUGUAAAUAAGUUCAACGUCCUGUAUGAUCGCCAAGGCAUCGGCAGAAGAAUGCGAGGACUUUUCUUCUAGAAGGGGACAACCCUUUCCUCAAAAUAAGUGAGGGCAGAGGACUGUAAUCUGCUUCACUGAGGAAAAAUAUUGUCCCCACAGGCAGGGAAGUGGCUUAUUUCCCCUUUAGAGAAGCCCUUAAGCCUGCAUAGCUUCCUUCCACCCAAAUUGUUAAUAAUAAAUGGGGAAUAGUUCCCCCUCCCACGA